GCGUCAGUCGUCAGUCGUCGAACAUAAUAUCGCAACUUUUUCCGGUCUGUUUGGCUAGAUAGGUCCACGUGAAUAAUAACUUAAUAAUAAUAUUAUAACGUAAGCCUGGUCGGUGUCCGCAGCGAUCGUGUGUGGCGAUAUUCUACAUUUUCUUCGAGGAUUUCUAUAAUGGUACACAUUACAAUGACAAUAAAUGCAUUCGUAAACAAAAGAACAAGGAUGAACAUGAUUGGUGGCGAAUCGCCGUGUAUGAUAUAAGGUUUGGUGUCCGGCGACGAGUUCCACGGCGGCGGCGCCAUGUCGGACAACGACGACGAGUCGGCAACCACACCGUGGAACGCUACGGCCGCCGCGCAGUGGAACGCCACCGGUUCCGCGGACGGGCUGUACUGUCACGCCGACGGCUCGGCCGCGUUCCAAACGCUCGUCUACCUGACGUACACGGCCGUGUUCGUCGUAUCGCUGGUCGGCAACGGUCUGGUGUGCUACGUGGUCGUGUUCUCCGCGCAGAUGCACUCGGUCACCAACUUGUUCAUCAUGAACAUGGCCGUCGGCGACCUGCUCAUGACGCUCUUCUGCGUCCCGUUCUCGUUCGUCGCCACGCUGCUGUUACAGUACUGGCCGUUCGGCAGCGACCUGUGCCACACCGUCAGCUUCGCUCAGGCUGUCGCCGUGCUGGUGAGUGCAUACACAUUGGUAGCCAUUAGCGUCGAUAGGUACAUUGCAAUUAUGUGGCCACUAAAACCAAGAGCUAGCAGACAUCAGGCCAAAUACAUAAUAGCAUUAGUUUGGACUGUGGCUGUGAUCACAGCUUUUCCAAUACUUCUAGUUACAACAUUGGAACAGCCAUCAAGUUGGCAUCAGCAAUGUGGACUCUAUAUUUGCAACGAGAACUGGUCAAGUGAGAACGUCCGGCAUUACUAUAAUGUAGCAUUGUUGGUGCUUCAGUAUUGCAUACCAUUCGCCGUUCUGCUAUUUACAUAUGUCAACAUCGGGGUGGUUGUAUGGGGCAAAAGGACUCCGGGCGAGGCACAGAAUUCCAGGGAUGUUAGAAUGGCUAAGUCGAAGAGAAAAAUGAUUAAAAUGAUGGUAACUGUAGUAAUAGCGUUCACGGUUUGUUGGCUGCCGUAUAAUAUACUUCUGAUUCUGUGGGAUCACGAACCCUCGCUGAGCACGUGGAGCAGCCUGCCGUACGUCUGGUUCCUGUUCCACUGGCUGGCCAUGUCGCACACGUGCUACAACCCGCUGAUCUACUGCUGGAUGAACACCCGGUACCGGACCGGGUUCGCGGCCGUGCUGCGCAACGUGCCCGGGUUCGGCCGGUGCUUGGGCGGCUACUUGCGGGCCACACAACACCAGUCGCACCACUACAACAGCCACAACGAUCCCAGUCAAGCGGACGGCCUGCACCGGAUCAACACGACGUCGUCGUUCGUGUCGGUCAAGUCACGGCUCAAGUCGUUCAACGGACGACCCGCGGCGUACGGCCGAAGCCGUCAGAAUUGGCACGAGGAAAGGCUCUGAGCACCGGAACCGUUCAUGCGACAUCGUCGACGACGGCCGGACAUCGGGAAAAACGCCGUUGUCGCUGCGCGGUUUUGUCGGCGGGCAAUCGACAAACAUAAACCGCACACUUCAUGUAUUUUGAACCGUUUCGUUCAGCAUACACUAGGCGACACUCGGCAAUCAUACAGGUGUAUGGAGGGAGGGGAUGUGCAGGAAAUAACCACAGUUAGAGAUACCCCUCUCCCCCUAAAACAGUGAUUUGUUUAUCAUUUUAUACAUUUUCAAAUCGCUGUUUUUCUAGAACACUAACUAUAAAUGUGUCUGCAAAAGUAUAAAAUAAAUGCUCAUUAAUUCCCAGUUUAUUUAUAAUAAAACCCUAGAAAUAAAACAAUUUUAGCUUAUUUUAACUUAAACAAGUCCAUCCAAAAUUAAAUUUUAAUAUAAACA